AUGGUGACCUCGAAAGCGACGACUCAACAGGGCGCCGGCGAUGGCAAAGCUGAUGAAAUCGAAGACCCCUCCCUGGUCCACUUUCGGGCCUGCCUCGCUGGCGCCCUGCCCUGGAAGAAAGCCUCUUUGAAGGCGAUGCGGGAGUGGCGCGAGGCACUGUAUCGUAACGAUUCGAAGGACGGGGACGGCAACGUGGUUGAGGCACUCGUGGGGAACCCCAUGCCGGCAUCCAACAGACGUCUCCAUGUCCUCGCCCACCACUCCCCGUCCUCGUUCCUUUGUGCUUGCACUUGUACGGUUGGCUGGUUGAUUAACCUCGACGUGCUACCCGUGCUACCUUGGCCUGCUUUCUUACCAUGUCAUCCUCGCCGGUGGCUCCUUCUGCUUGCGGCAGUGAAUGUCUGCCACGACGACACCUGGUAUCCCGAAACGAAGCUCCUCAAGGAUGCCGUCAACAUGCACCCCAUCGUGGCGGACGACACGGAGAAACCCGUGGCUAGCGCCAAGCCCAAGAGCGCUGAGCGGAAGGGUGGCAAGACCAAACUGGACGACGACGCCCGGAUCAACGAGUUGGUGAACGAGAGUGUAGCAGCGAGACUGGCCGAGAUUACGAGGCAACAAGACGAGCAGCAGCAGAGGACAGAUCACGUCCGGAGCGGGAACGACCACGAGACACGCCACCAGCAACAUGCGGGGCGACCAUCGGCCGGCCCGUCCGCAGACGACAUCGCCCGCACUCUCGCCAACGCCCUGACCAGCCGUCUUCAGAUAUCACCCGCAGACACGGGUAGAGUACCAAGUAGCGCAGCGACUCUUAGGAUGACUGAGGUUAAGCGCCUAGCGCCGUGGGAUGGGCAGAAGGAGAGGUGUGACAAGUUUGGCAGGGAUCUCAACGAGAUGGUCCCCGUGAAGAAUCUUGGAGAGUUGAGAUGGUACUCCGCGUGCAUUUACGAGAGAGACGUAGAGAGAGGGCUGUUGGAGAUUUCGCAGCAGAGGUUUGCCGAAGAGCUGGCUGCAGAGUACGUCGUUGAGUGGGGGCAGAGUGUGCCUCUGCCUGUUAGCGUAGAGCUCUCCGACUUUGACGUGAAUGAAGCGAGUGGUGAUGUCCCUUUUCGCGAGUUGAAGUGCGUUACGCUUUCCACCACGGAAGCAGAGUAUGUGGCAAUUGCCGACGUCGUGAAGGAAGUGUUGUUCUUGAGGCAGGUGUGGCGUUUAAUGUUGCAAGAUGCGAGUAUGCCGUGCAUCCCGGUGUUCGAGGACAAUCAGGGAGCGAUUCAGAUUGCGCACAACCCGAUCACAAACUCCAACUCGAAGCACAUCGAUGUACGGCAUCACUUUAUCAGGGAGCUGAUAGAGAGGACAGAGAUUGCAACGACUCAUGUGCCGACGUAGGUUCAGCAUGCAGAUUUCUUGACGAAGGCUAUUAGCAAGGAGUCUUUUGCGUUGCACCGUGACUUUGUGAUGAACUUGCAGUGAAGGAAGUGUUUUGGGGUCGAUUCGUAUUCUGUAGCGGAGAGAGGAAGAGAGAGACGAGAUUGGACAAGAGAACGAGAGAGUCUGAUGAAGGUGGUGAGCGUGUUGGAGUUGUGUUAAGAUUUUUCUUGUUUGUUUUAAAGGAGUUUUAGUUGUGUUGGAAUUCUUCUUGGUUGUUUUGAAGGAGUUUUGGUUGUGUUGAAAUUUUUCUUGUGAUUGACUUGGGAGGGUUCUUGCAUGUUUUGGGGAGGAUAUUGGAUUUGGAUGCUUUGAGAAUUUUCUUGUUUGUUUUUGAAGAGAUGGUAAAUGAGGAAUUCGGUUUUUGCCGGAGCAUGACGAUGCAUACGAG